AUGCUUUUUUAUACACACUUCAAGCACAAAAAGAUUGUUUAAAAAUCACUUUUUAUUUAAAAAAUAUAACAAAGUUUUCUAUCUAAACUGCCAUUUUACCACAGAAUGCUCUCUUAAAGAACUGUUCUUAAACUGAGCUAUUAUUUAUAAGUAAUUUAGUUAAAUAAUAUAUCUUAUUAAGAAUAUUAUAAAUUUAGAAGUCGAAAUUCUGACCAGAAAGCAGUAGAAAAACAGUUAGAAUAUAAAAUAAAAUAAUCAUCAUAGAAAAAAAAAAUUCAUUUAUAUUUAAUUUUAUUAUUUGACUGA